GAGGAGUGCGGGUGUUGGCUGCGCUUUCCAUAUUUUCUCUGUUCAUCUUCUUGUAUGUGUCAAAUAUUAGCACAAGUGCAGUAACAUUGGGAAUCAUGUUACCUCACGUCAGGAUGAUGAGUCACGUACAAAGUGAAGAUGACACCACUGAUUUGACAGCUCCCCUCCUGAAGGAAGCGAGCGAGGAACUGAAUACCUCCGAGGACCUGCAGCGGGCCAUCCAACUCACCAAGGAGCUGCAGGCGGCCAAGAGGCUGUACGAGGACGUGAGGAUCUUGUGCUGGGUCCUCAUGUAUCCGAAGGCGCACCAGACGAAGGCAAAGCACGUGAGGGCGACCUGGGGGAGGAGGUGCAACAAACUCGUUUUCAUGAGCACGGAAGACGAUCCGUCCGUUGGCGCCGUGGACGUCGGCAGCCGCGAGGGAUACACCAAGCUGUGGAACAAGACAAGGAGCGCCCUCAAGUACAUCUACGAGAACCACCUCCAGGAUUUCGAUUGGUUCCUGAAGGCGGAUAGUGACACAUAUGUGUUGGUGGAUAAUUUACGUUAUGUGUUGCAAGAUUACGACACCAACGACCCACUGUACUUUGGUCAACACUACAAAGUAUAUGGAGGAUACAAUACAGGAGGCAAUAUCAGAAAAGGACCAUCUGGCAACUCACCCCUGCCUCUGGAGAUUUCCGAUUCGCCAAUUAUCUUUUGA